AUGUCGUUCGCUCGGGACGAGGGGAGGACCCUCCCUCCCUCCGUGGACGCUUUCAUAAACAUGCGCGACCUCGUCGUCGGCGACAACGACUGGUACAACGUCACGCCGUCCGUGCGCCGGGCCAUCGAGGGCUUCGCGCUCAUCCUGCGCGACCACGAGGCGCGCCUCAUGAACGGAGGCGAUUCCGGAUCGCCGAUGCCCACCGCCCGGUCGCCCGCGUCCCCGCGCCGAUCCCCGUCCGACGAGCUCGGAUCCUCCACCCUGGAGGUGGCGCAGCUCAAGGACAGGAUCGCGAGGCUCGAGGAGGAGCUCGCGGUCGCCAAACGACGGGUCGCGGAGGUCACCGACGUCGCCGUGAGGGCCGCGUCCGAUGCCAAGACGGCUGUCGUCGAGGUGGACGCGAUACGGCCAGAGGUCGAUCGACUCGCGAACGGGCUCUCCUCGCUGCACACCGCGGUGGGGGCGCACCUGAAGGACAUCCGCGGUACGCUCGCGAACGGUACCCCCGGUAACUCCAACAGUCCCGGAACGCCGACCGGGACGGGUGGGUCCGGUCCCCCCGAGGGCGGCGAGAUUGGCGACCUCACGCGGCGGGUGCGGGACCUCGAGGGCGACGUGGAGAGGAUCGUCGUGGGAUCGGACGGGCAGUCCGCCGGCGUCGCCCGUCGCGUCGCCGCCCUGGAGGAUAACCACAAGACCCUGGAGCGCAGGACGCGGCGGGUGGAGCGCGUGGUGGAGGACGUGAGGUCCGCGGAGGACAGGCGCGCGAGGGCGGAGGAGGCGGAGAGGAUGCGGGAACUUCGGCUCGGCGGACACGCGGGCGGGGGUCCGAGCGGGGGUGGCGGUCCGCGGCGCCGGCGGGGUUCGUCCUCGUCCUCGUCCUCGUCCGAGGACGGGCGGGAGUGGAGCUCCUCUGGAAGGGGGGACGAUCCCAUCGCGGCGCUCGCGGGCGCGUCGGUGAGCACCGGCCUGCACGGCGGCUUCGGAUGA